GCAGCCCAGAAGGGGGCGCGCACGCGGCUCGGUGCGCCCAGCAAGGGCUACGCCUCGCUGGAGCAGGGCCCCGAAGAGAAACCCCUGGUGGCCAUCGACUCCGACAGCGAGGAUGAGAUGACGCUUUCGCGCUACUCCUCGUCGGGAUAUUCUUCUGCAGAGCAAAUCAACCAGGACCUGAACCGGCAGCUGCUGAAGGACGGGUACCGUCUGGACGAGGUCCCAGACGACGAGGACUUGGACCUCAUCCCCCCCCAAACCCAUGAGCCCGCGUGCGUCUGCUGCCAGCUCGCGUCUCCCUCCACCACGUGCAAUGUGCAGUAGGGCUUGGGACGCAAACACCAUCAAUACCACCACCACCACAACGACCGUCCUAAUACUAACAGCACCACCACCACGACACUGGUGUUGCCAGCUCGUGUCCCACACCGCCACUUGUAACUUGCAGUAGGGGCGGCACCUAAACUACUACUACCACCGCUACCAAUACCCAG